UUCUUCCUUCUGGGUUUCAGCUUUGGUUUUCGGAUUUCUUCUUUGUUCCGAUCUAUCUGUGAAUUGUCUCUAUGUUUCGCUAUUAGAGGAUGUGAUCGAUGAGUGAUCGUUCCUUGUUUUCCUGCAAUAGGCGUUUGGUAGGGCUUAAACACGGGAGAUUUUCCCUUGGAUUCUGUAGAAGUUACGGCCCUCUCCUGGUUGUUGAAACAUUUGUGUGUUUAAUUGCUCAUCUGCUUUCUGUGUUUUCUAGGUCCUCAAGAGCUCACCAAACAAAGUACAUGGUUGAGUUGGAAGUUCAGAUUCCUACUCCCUUCGAUCCAUUCGCAGAAGCCAGAGAAUCGGAUGCUCCCGGAACCAAAGGGUAUGUGCAUAUCAGGAUUCAACAGAGGAAUGGAAAAAAGAGUCUGACCACGGUGCAAGGACUGAAGAAGGAGUUCAGCUACGAGAAGAUCCUCAAGGAUCUUAAGAAGGAGUUCUGUUGCAACGGCAACGUUGUGCAGGACAAGGAGCUCGGCAAGAUCAUCCAACUUCAAGGUGAUCAGCGCAAGAACGUCUCUCAAUUCCUGGUUCAGGCCGGUCUGGUCAGGAAGGACCAGAUCAAGAUUCAUGGUUUUUGAAAUUUAAGGCUUUGUUUAGCUUUUGUCAAUCAAGCGGGUGGGUCUCUUCAUGUGAAUUCCUUCUUUCUUUUUGUCUGGGUGUGAAGUUUGAUGGGUGAAAUUACCAGUUACAUGGUUGAGUGAUUUUUGCUUUAUGGUUAAGUUACAGAGGAUAUGUUAUGGAUGAUUGUACGAAGCCCACCUUGUGUUCAAUAAUAAUACAUGAUGAUAUUAUUAUUUUGAAAA